AUGCUCCUGUUACUAUUGGGCAGCAUCCCGUUUCUAGCACUAUUAGCGACAUCGGUGCUAUGGAUCUACCGACUAGUGUAUGAUCACCAAAUCAUCAGAACAUACUCCGGAAGACUCCACACACCACGCCACGAGUUCAACCGCUACAUCGAAACCAGCGUGAACAGACCAUUUGGGGCCCAUUUGAUGGCGUUGACAGUCGAUGAAAACGACGAGGACGACUACAAGCCGUACGACCACAAGAACGGCCAGCACAAUGUGACUGAAAUGACGGCCCAGAAGGACUUCCACUCCAAAAACAAGAUCAUCGGAUGGAUUUUCGCCGCUGCCAUCUCGCUAGGCAUCGAACUCAUAGUGCUAAUGAUGUGCGAAUUGAUCGAUGUCUUCGGAGAGGACGUGCGGUUGUGGUGGUUCACCAUCACCAUAGACUCGUUGAUGGUACUAUUGACGUUCGUGGUGCCGUUCCUCAUCAUUAACUUGGCAGUUCACCGGGAUUUGGCCCCCAGGCUUACCAGAAAAAGCUACGGAGGGGCGAUUUUGACGGCAGUGCUCGUCAUUGUAUGGCUUGUAUUGCUCCACAAAUGUGGAGACCUCUCACAAUCGUUCAAGCCGUCAGCUGCAUCAUCAUACUACAACCCCGACACUAGAACCCUAAUUGAAAGAAAGGUCAAUGAGGUGUCCAUAGCAGGCAUCACCAUGAUAGCCAUUCUUUCGGGAAUUGGGUGUACCUCUACUCCGUACGAGCUCUUCUCACUCGACACCAGAAUCAGCCGUCUAUUGAAAGGAAGCAGCAUCAACAACUUGAUCCAGUCGUACAACAACACCAAUUCGCUCUUGAAUAAAAGAAAGUACGACUUGAACAACCUCCUUGUCCAGACUGGCGGGACGGUCUACAAUCAAUCGAGCGCAUCCAGCGACAAUUUGUUGCAUCCAGUUCCGGGGUCGUCGAAGCUUAUGUCCCCCCAGAAUAAGUUGGGAGGCAUCAUUCAUAAAGUGCAGUCAUUUGCCAGUAUAUCUAGUCUAUCGGUGGCCACCGACAGCCCAGAGGAGGAGGAGUUGACCAAAGAGAUCGAGUCCUUGAAGAAGUUGAGAAGCUCCGUCUACGAUGAGAUAUUGCACCUGAUUUCUCGGUACAUCAAUGCUCGCAACAGCUAUUCAUCCAAAAAUAGUGAAUUGAUCGCGAACUUUCUCACAUGGGCCAACUAUGCAUUCGCAGGCUACUGUAUCUAUAGGGUGGUGAACGUGAUGUUGGUUCGCAUGCCGUACUUGUUGUUUGUUGACACACUGGAGAGCACGUAUCAGUUGCACUCAAAAGAGACAAGCGUGGUAGAUUUGCCAGAAGAUGAAGAGUCUGGGGUAUCUACAUCCAACGACGCGUUGGCCAUCACAUUGGCCAAGUUGGUGUUAUCCUGCUUUCCCAACCUCCCAGUAAGCGAGACCCAGCUUAUCAAUCAGCUAGGGUUUAUUUUACUGGGAAGUUUGUUCAUCUGCUCGUUUUCGAACGUGUUGAUUACAUUCAAAUCGUUCACCAGAUUUCUACCCGCAAAUCAUGCAUCCAGCUACGUAAGAAACUGGCUCAAGCAUCUUGUGAUUGCAGAACUUUUGGGAGUAUACAUAAUAGCCACGGCUCUUUUGAUCCGAACCAACCUCCCAAGAAAUCUUUCGCAUCAGAUCUCCAAAAUAUUGUCCCUUUCGGGUAGUUCCAUUACCAGCGCGGAUAUAUCCCGGAAGGAAGUGGAAUUCAUAGACGGAUGGUUUGAUAAAGUGUUUGCCGUUUCCUGUAUAGUGACCAUGCUUCUGAUUUUUUUCAAAAAGCAACUCGUGGAUAGCCCCACAGACCAUACGGACUAUGAUGAGGAGCUGUUUAUAGAACAUACGAAUUAUAAGAUGGCGUGA